AUGCGGACCGAUCACUCACGCAUCGCGCUCAAUGUUUUCAGUCGCUUCAUGUUCAACAAUACCAUAUCCGAGCAAUGGGAAUACGUCCGGUACGCCUGCCACCCCUCCAUGCACUCCCACCCUGACUCCAACACCAGCAACAUAACCGAAGGCCAAGCCGCCGACUCAGGUCUCUGGGAUCAAUACAUGCCCUACUAUGAUCUCUACUCACCCGACCUGCGCUGCGGUCGCGGCGCCACAACCACGGGCCCGGGCACGAAAACCGCCGUCGUCAACGCUGGCGAGCAAGUAGGCUUCGUCGUAGGUCGCAGCGCCGAUGAACCCCUCCAGCCGUACGUGAUCUACCACAACGGCCCCGGCCAAGCCUACUUGAGCAGGUCUACGGCGGAGAAUCUGGAUAAUUACGACGGCUCAGGUGCAUGGUUCAAGAUCGGGUACCUGGGCGCGAAGAACGACACCUACUGGCUCACACGCGAUCAAACCGGCAUGAAUUUCACCAUUCCUUCUACCACGCCGCCAGGAGACUAUCUAUUGAGGGUGGAACAUUUGUACGUGCGGCCUGUGUACAACACGACGCAGUUCUACAUUGCGUGUGCGCAGGUGAGGGUUCGAGGGCCAGGAGGUGGAACACCAGGGCCGAUGGUGAAGUUUCCUGGGGCUUACGAUUUGAAUGAUCCUGGUAUCUUGGUUAAUGGUAAGAUCUACGAAUGGCCUGAGAGUGGGCUUUUGGACUAUGUUCCUCCUGGUCCGCCUGUGUGGAAGGGGUGA